AUGAUAGGAUCUCCAAGGAAAAUGCGCAAUUUAUGGAUGAGUUCGAGAAGAUAUUUGACGCUAAACGAAGUUUCAGUGGCUUUGAGGCCGUUUUUCUUUGUUGUUCAUCCAGAUAGGUGAGUUUUUGUUACAGUUCAGAGAACAUUUUAAAGUAAUAAUAAUAUAGUCGGUUUUCCCAAACCAUUUUUCAUCUGAAAACCAUUUAUUUUAGAAAAAAAAAACAAUUUUUUCUAAUUACUUUAAUAAUUUCAGGUAUGCAAAACAUCCGGAAAUCCGUUCACAAAACGAGAAAUCACUGCAAGUUUUCAACGGAUAUAUCAACGAUUUAUUUCCCAUAUCACCAUCCCUAAAACCAACAAAAGUCAGUUUUUCAAUUGUCGACAAAAAAGAUAACGAAAAAAUUCGAUUGAUACAAAUUCAACUAACUGGCACGGAUCCUAGCAAAAUUGUAAGAGAAGCUUUGCAAUCCUGUCAAAUUAGCACAAAAGAUUUGAAUGAAAAGUUUGCUCCGAGUUCGAUUAAUUCAAAUUCAGAAAAUUUGUCCGAUUCAAGAUACACAACAUCAAAUAUUGAUGAAGACUUAUUGACCACGUGAGUGCUGUUUUUUUUGCAAUUUUUAUUUUCUUAUCAGUUGUUUUUUUUUAGGUAUCUAAAAAGGAAGAAGAAAUCUGUAAUCAAUAAUCUUCAUGCUUCGCUAACAAAUCAAAGAGAUGAAGCGGUUCGGAAAAGCAAAGAGGCCAAGAAUUUUCGAAUUUCGAUCAAGGAGGAUAUUGAUGAACUGAAAAAUAGGACGGGAUUGAAGGAUGUGAGAUUUUUGAAAAAGUUUUGAGUUUUCUCGAUCUCAAGUUGUGCAUUUUAAUUCAGAACCGUUGUUUUGAAUGAAAAACUGAAAAUGAAUUUUCAGAAAACAAGAGUGUUAAUGAUUAGAGGAUCACUAGGAUUUGAAUGAAUUGAAGUGGAUUUGUAUGUCUACCUUCCCGGAUUACAUUUAUUUCCAUUAUUGUUUAGGAAUAUAUUUGGUCCGCUCAAUAGUUUAUGAACAGCAUUUUUUUUGAAUGUUAUUUCACGCUUUGAUUUUUUUACCAAAAUAUAACAAUGUUUUGAGAAUUUUCAGCAUCAAAUAUUUCAAAAAAGAAACAAAAUGAUCAGAAAAUUGUCUAUUUUCAGAAAUAUACAAUUUUUUAAGAAAAAAAUCUGCAUUUUCUCCCAAAAAUCCAAAGAGUAUAAAUAAUUUUUCAGGUGGUUUGGCAAAUGGAUUGGGCUGAAACUCAUAUGCGUCGAUGUCUGCUAAAUAUGCACAGAUUCCUAGACACUGCUGAAAGUUCAACAAAAGAUGCAGUCAUCCAAACUCUUUAUAAAAAUGUGCUCCGGUUUGGCAGAGGUUCAUAUACUUGUUGCGAUGGAUCAAUUCAGUUAGGCGCUGAUAAUGUUCCUGAACAAUGGGAACAAGCUUGUUGUGAGCACAGUGUGAGAAAGAGCCAAUUAUCAGCUCUCCGACAAGCCACAGAACAAUUAGCUGGAACUUUUGGCGGUGCUAAAAUAUUGCUGCCUCACUAUAAAGGAUUAGCUCAAACUUUGUCACAAAUUCAAUCUUUGAUUGUAAGGUGAGCAUUUUUUUUUAAAUCAAAAAUUUGUUAAUUCACUAACAUUUUUCAAAUCUUUAUAUAUUUUGGGAUGUCUAGGAUUUGGCGAAAAGAAGCAUUAUUGGUCAGAUUAGCAAAUGCUGCUGCUGGAUCAAUGAUUGAAGUUGUCACAUCGUAUGAUGAAUUAGCCAUUGGAUUGGAUGGCAGAUUGUAUGUACCGUGUAAUGUUGAUGUUGCAUCUCUUGUUGUAUUUUUAGAGGAGAAUGCAGAAAAGGCAGCUGGGAUAAAUCACCAUAUGCAAGCAUUGUUGGUGAGUUUUUUUAUUUUUAAAAAAAUGAAACAAAAAGAGGUUUUCCGGCCUUUUAAGGCAUUUUUCAAGCCCAUAUAGUCCAGCAGACUAACUGUAUCUUCGCUAAAAAGUGUUUUCAGAAGAACAAUCACUGGAAUUAUUUUCAAAUUAUCAAAGAGGGUUUUCACGUUAUGAAACUAACUUUUGUUUUGUAAAGCUUAUCUUCUUGCUUGGAAAAAAUCCCAUAAUCAAACUGCAACAGUUCAAAAUUCCUGAACCUUUCAAACUUCACAUAUGAACCGUGUUCAAUAAUCCGAUAAUCUAUGAGAUUAACCAGGUUUUGAUCAGGAACUGAUUGAAUAAUGACCCAAAUUUUUUCAGAGAAAGAGAAUCAUCUCAAUAUCUUCAAAUUCUCUUCAAAAAAUUUUUAAAUCCCUUUCCCAACUUAUUUUUUCCAGAACGAGUUAGAAUACAGUAAAGAUGAAUGUGUGCAAGACCUGAAUCUUCAAUCACUUUCUUGGGAAUCGACGUUUAACCCUGAAAAACUGCUCGUUUGUGUGAAUCGCCUGAAAAAUUCAUCUGAAGAGAUUCAAAAAAUGGCGAGUGGUUUAUCAAUCCGAAUUUCGAACAAUCCAACAAUUCACGUCACAAAUGAUGGAACUUUAAGUGUUCCAAUUGAUUGGGUUUAA